CGGGCCCGGCGCAGUCGGUGCGGGGCCGCCAUGUUGUGCGGCGGGGGCGCGCUGUUGGGCGCGCUGACGGCGCUGCUGGGCGCGCUGCUGGCGCUGAGCCGUAGCCCGGCGAUGGCGGCCGUGCUGACGGCGGGCCCCUUCCUGCUGCUACACGUCUUCAGCCUGGAGCCCGCCUCGCCGCACAGCGCACAGCGCGUCCUGCGGCCCCGCGGCGCCCCCGCCCGCAUCGCCCACCGCGGCGGCGCGCACGACGCCCCCGAGAACACGCUGGCGGCCGUCCGACAGGCAGCUGAGAAUGGAGCAACGGGUGUUGAACUGGAUCUUGAAUUUACUGCAGAUGGUGUUCCCAUUCUGAUGCAUGAUGAAACAGUAGAAAGGACAACCGAUGGGUCCGGAAGAUUGCGUGACCUGACUUUUGAUGAAAUUAGGAAGCUUAAUCCAUCUGCAAAACAUAGGCUAUGGAGCAAAUUCCAAGGUGAAAAGGUACCAACUCUGAGAGAAGCUGUAGUGGAGUCUUUGCAGCACAAUCUUACAAUCUACUUUGAUGUCAAAGGCCAUGCAAAUCAGGCAGUUGAUGCCCUAAAACAACUCUACCUGGAAUUUCCUCGUUUGUAUAACAGCAGCAUAGUCUGUUCUUUCAUGCCAGAUGUUGUUUAUAAGAUGAGACAAGCUGACAGAAACGUGGUGACAGCGCUAACGCACAGGCCUUGGCAGCUGAGUCACUUUGGAGAUGGGACACCUCGCUUCAGUUCCUUCUGGAAACAUUAUUUGUAUAUGAUGUUGGAUGUCAUUCUAGAUUGGAGCCUUCACAGCUUCCUGUGGCGAUUAUGUGGGGUUUCAGCUUUCCUCAUCCAGAAAAAUUUUGUUUCUCAAGAUUACGUGAGGCACUGGUCUUCAAAAGGAAUUCAAGUGGUUGCCUGGACAGUGAACACAUUUGCAGAAAAAACAUACUACGAAACCGUCCUUGAAUCCAGCUACAUCACAGACAGCUUGGUGGAGGACUGUGAUCCUCACUACUAGGCCUGUGCCUUCUAGGUACUCACCAACUUACAGAAGCUGUCUUACUCAGGCAGGCAUGAAUUUGCCAUCAGAAGCAAACUGACUGUUCCUUUGCUUUGUUUCAUCUUGGUUAUAAAGUCAUAUCAGCCAUUUUUGAUGGCAGACUGUACAGUCGUACCUUGAUUCUAGUACUUGAAACUGUUUAUUCUGUAACUGUGUAAUAAUUCAAGAUUUAUUUAUGGUAUCUUAAAAGCAUCUACAUUACUGUUCUGAAAACAGUGGUGAAAUAUGGUGCCAAAAUAGAGGGCAAGUAUAUUUCCCUCCUCCUUCAUGGAAACACAGCCGCGCUGCAGCUUACAGAAAGUGCAAACAUAUUUUGGUAGGGUAGUUCCUUGUGCUACUCAGUUGUCGCUGCAUUCAGUGUUUCCUUGUUUGGGCACUGCUGUGUUCCAGCUGAUGUGCCACACAGUACACCGAGCACCUCGUGCUGUGGGAAACCUGCACUUAGCAGCAAUGGAACUGCAGAUUGCAUGGAUCAGUGGUGCAGUUCAGUACACUGCUUUGUACAGAAAUGUUCUUGAUAGUGCUCCUCAAUUAGAACUAGUUCUAGCUGGUAUCAGAGCCAGCUGAUAUUUAAAAUCAACUUUAAGAGGCAAAAAGUACUUAAAAAAAUAAAAAAUCAGUCAUAAGAGGAA